CAAGGCCCCGGAGGUCCCGCGAUGAGGCCUCUGAGGCCACCGCUACCUCCGGGGAUGCUUCACACGUCACCGCAUCCACUGGCCACCCAUCAUCCCCUCACGGCGCCGCACCAUCCCCUCGUGCCGCCUCAUCAUCCGGAGGAGGACGGUGUCGUGGACGAUCCGAAGGUCACGCUCGAGGGCAAGGAGCUUUGGGAGAAAUUCCACAAGCUCGGGACGGAAAUGGUCAUUACGAAGAGUGGCCGGCAGAUGUUUCCUCAGAUGAAGUUCCGAGUUUCCGGUCUAGACGCCAAGGCCAAGUAUAUCCUCCUGCUGGACAUCGUUGCCGCCGACGACUACAGAUACAAGUUUCACAACAGUAGGUGGAUGGUAGCGGGCAAGGCGGAUCCGGAAAUGCCGAAGAGGAUGUACAUACAUCCGGACUCGCCCAGCAGCGGCGAGCAGUGGAUGCAGAAGGUCGUGAGCUUUCACAAACUCAAGCUCACGAACAACAUCAGCGACAAGCACGGCUUUGUAAGUACUACGAUACUGAACUCGAUGCACAAGUAUCAGCCGAGGUUUCACCUCGUGCGAGCCAACGACAUCCUGAAGCUUCCUUACUCGACGUUCAGAAGUUAUGUUUUCAAGGAAACGGAGUUCAUCGCCGUGACGGCCUACCAAAACGAGAAGAUCACUCAGCUGAAGAUCGAUAACAAUCCUUUCGCCAAAGGAUUUCGGGAUACCGGCGCGGGGAAGCGCGAGAAAAAAAGGCAGGCGCUACUGACAGUAUCGGGCGGCGGUUCCCGUUUGACGGCGGGUGGACCAGCGUCGCCUGACAAGCGACGCUCAUCGAACUCCGCCAACGAUCUCAUGGACGACGAAGACAAGCUGCUGGACGUGGUCGGGCCCGACACGCCGCAUCCGGCUCAUCAUCAUCGCGAACGAGAGCAUUCCCGCGAGAGGGACGAUCGAACGAGCGAGCGGGGUGAGGGCAGCGAGUCGUCCGGAUCCGAGAGCGGCGGCGGGCCGGGCCCGACAGGAUCCGAAGGUCCCCGACCCGACGUUUCCGUCGGCCCGCCGCUUCACCCACCUCUGCUACCGUAUUUGUAUCCCCCCGUACCCGGACUGUAUCCAGGCCCAGGUCCCCUGAUCCCACCCACUCCUCUGGGACUCCACGGCGGAGUCACACCUGGUAUGCUGUUCAACGCCCAGCUGGCUCUAGCGGCCUCUCAGCAUCCGGCACUAUUCGCGCACUAUCCCCAUCCUUUGGCCAGUCCCCUGCACCAGUUAAAGGGACACAGAUUCGCACCCUAUACGUUACCGGCGCCCUCGCACGGUUCCGCUUUUGAGACUGUUACACCGGGCAGCAGAACCCUGAGUCCGCGAUCGCCGCCGCCGAGGCCGCCAACCAAUUCUCCGACACCUACCGGCGGCGGCGGUCUAACCUCGACGACGCCAAGCUCCGCCGGCGAGCUCAAGUCCAUCGAGAACAUGGUGAACGGUCUGCAGGAGAAGAGACGGCGGAGUCCCAGUUUGACGCCCGGCCAUCGGGGCGACGACGCAGGCGGGGGGAGUCCGUGACAGGAGAACGAGCCUGUGAGCAGUACGAAGGACGACGACCCCGACGAGGACGAGGACAGCGCUGACGAGUCCGGCAGCGACCCGGAGGAUAUCUCCGCCGACGAAAGGGAGCCGGACUCCACGUCGGAGCCGUCGUAGCGGCGGGAACGUCGGCACUCAAUACGCUCUGCCUUCUCCUCGUCCUACCACUUGGGAGUCCCGGGACUCUCGCUGGACGCGUCGAACGGACGCGGGGAAGGCCGGACUCUCAUACUACAAAGUGCAAUUUUAUUUCCGGAGCGACGCCGCGCUCGUGAGAAGUCGCCGUGCUUUCGGGACGGAACGAGAAGUCCCUCGCGCGUUUCCUGUAUCUGUAAAUAGACCCGUUCGCGCGAUAAAGAGCGCGAUCGUCAGAAGAGCGUGUGCGUCAUCCGUUAAACAAAAACUGCGACGCGCGGAGGGAACGACGCGUUGGACCCUCGGACGGACGUUGCGCCGAUUUGCGCGGUUAUUGUAAAUUAAAACAUGAGACGCGCAAGAAACAAAAAAAAAGGGUGAAUGCGAUAGGCGGAAGAAGUGAAUGUGAGGGAGAGAGUCUGCGAGCGCGUACACCCACGUGAAUCCACUUGUAAGUCCACGUUCCACCUGUGUACGUCUUAAAGGACGAGACAAAAAAAAAAAAAAAAAA